UUUUUUCUCUAUUUGUUUUGCCGCACAUAAAUCCGUUUUAGCCAAGAAAAACCUUAUAGCCAAAUUCUAAAAAUAAGUAAGGCAAUCGAAGCCAGCAGAGAUGUAUGAGCCCGAGGCUGAAUCGGACGAGGAUUGCGAAGUCUACUGUAAGUAAAUAUAAAGCUCUUGAGUCGUUAGCCAUAGUUGCUGAGAAUAACAUGUCGCUUAUGUUGGAUUACGCAGUCCUCAAGCCCGUCAACGAGUACAACAUUGUGGACAAGAUUAAGGAGGCCAAUAAGGAGCUGUUUGCCCUAGAUGAUGAUGAUGAAGCUGGAACGACUGCUGGCAGCGAAAAUGUUAAUAGUAGCAACAAUCGAAAGGUGACCUUUGCCUUGAAUUUGGAGAACUAUGAGCCCACAUCUCAACAAACUGUACAGGAGCCGGAGCCGGACUUGCAGAUUCCCAGUCCGCCGGAUGAGCUGCUGCAGCAGUUGGCGCAGCUGAAGCUGAAACCGGAACGUGAGCGAUUUGCGCCCAUUGCCGAGGAGCCGAUCAAGGAGCAGGAAAAGCCGCCGGAGCAGGAACCUCAGCUAAUAGAAAAAGAGGAAGAAGUGGAGGAGGAAAUCUGUGAGGAGAUACUAGAGCUGACUGAAGUGGACAGCAACCAGAAACAACCAGCGACAACUGUUCCAGCCAGCAUGGACUACGAGGAGGAUGAUGACUUCUCAGGCGUGGAUGAGGAUGAUUUGACGGCGGAAAGAGAAACAACAUUGGUAAAUGACACACAGCAGCAUCGCAUUAGUCGCCAGAACACCUUUGACUGCAACUACGAUCAGACGGAGGGCGAGUCGGAUCAGAGAAGUCUCACGAAUCUGCUCACCGAGUCCGACUGCGAGGAAGAUGAACGUGCCGUGAAUGAAGCACGUCUCAAGUUGCGACAGGCCUACAAAAGUCUGUACAAAACGCUGGAUGCCAGUGAGCAGGCGCAGAUCAACAGGCUGACUUCCAAUGGCAACGAGGAAGUGGAAGACGAUGACUUGUCCAUCAUUGCAGCCAGCUAUAUACCCGAUGACUUUGAGCUAAACGAGCGCAGCAUUUACUACAAAAAUGAGGACGAAACGGAGCAGCAGCAGCAGCUAAGAACGACGUCGCCCAACAACAGCAACACCAUCAGCAGCACCAGCACCAAGACUUUCUUCAAUUCCCGCCGCUUCAGCUUCAGGCGAAGGGCCAGACCCACGCCCAGUGUGCAGCCGGAUAUUAAAAUGAACUACAAAAUCUGUUGUGAGCAUCGACACGCGUUGCAGGACAAACUGCCGAGAUACACCGGCUACAUGUCCGAGUACGGAUUAAGUGCAAAGCAGUUGCAGCAACGGGAGCAGCAGCUGCGCAGGAAGCAACGUUACAGCAUGGAGCAAACUCUGAAUCGCAAUGAGCAUGAGCUCAAGAAGAUGCAGGAUAAUGAACGCGCCUUUACCACGUGGCUGAAGAACAAGAUGCGUUAUCCCAUCAACAAGACGAGGAACAUGUUUGACACGACACGCAGGAGAGCAAGUGUUGCUGCCGUCAACAGUCCCAAUUCUCACCAGCAGCAGCAGCAGCAGCAACAUCAUCACCAGUUAAAUCGAAGACGUGACAGCAACGAGGUGCAUGCUUAUCGACAUCUCUUGGGCAGCUGGAACAAGUAGAAACAAUAGAAUCUUAAAACGCUAGUUUAUUACAUACAAAUAUAAUCGUAUUAUGUAUAAU